AUGAUUUGCUCCAGCCCUCCUGCCUACACUCGGAGUGGAUUUGUCGCGGCUGCUAUCCGAACGGUAUUGAUCUUCUGUGGUUUCGUGGCUUCGGCUCUGAGUGAGGAUAUCUGCAGCACUCGGGCGUGUGAAGAAGUAGCCAGAAUAUACGGUCAGAGCCUCAACUUGAGUCGGGACCCGUGUUCGGAUUUCUUUUCCUACGUCUGCGACGGAUGGAUCAGGACCAUGAUGGGAAAAUACGAGUUCUCUUCGGCGCGUGUCUCAACUAGUACCGAUGACUUACUCGCCGAAGCGGUCAAGACGAUCUUGCUGAAGAAAAUGAGGCAGGCCCCCCUCGACGCAACGAACGGUUCACACAAAGUGGUCCGUGAUUCCGAGAUGCAACCCAUCAUGUUCUUCAAGAGUUGCACCCUCUCCGCGAAGCGGCCGCCCGGGGAGCUCAAUCUCGCUACCAUCCGAAAAUUCUUCCAUGAAAUUGAGCUUCCCUUCUUCGAUGAGGACGCAACAACGGGGAGGAAUGCGUUAUCCGCUAUUCUGCAUCUAGCGAUUCGUUUCAACAUAAACCCGAUUCUCCGAGUGGAUUUCAGGAAGAAUGGGCUUCUGAUACGGAAAACUCACACCGUGCUCCCUUCGACUCUGGAACUCAACAUGGAAGCGGACCAGAUCGAAGAACAAUGGAAGGCGAGAAUCCUCGAAAGUUUUAAGAAUUCGUCUCAGGACGCCGCGAUAAUCGUGGAGUUCGGAUCCUUUUUCGAAGCCUUCAAUGUCCGAGUGACGAGACAAAAUCUGUUAAGGCUUGGGCGGAGCUACUUCACAAUUCGAGAUGCUAUGCGUUUCGUUUUCCUGAGUACGGAAGCUUACACUACUUAUCGGCUCAACACGUGGUCCAUGGGUUUGGGCACGACCUAUUUCGAUUUCUUCAAUAAACACACGGGAAAUUUGGCGAAGCUUCAGGAGGAGGACCGCAUAACGAUGGUACCUUUCUUUUUCGAGCCACUCGUGAUCGCAAUGACAGAUCCCGAGCUGUCGCCGAUUUUCAUCGACUUCGUAUCAGUUCAUUUACUUCGGAACGAGUUCUUGGGACACCUCGGUCGGACUAAGUGCGCCCAUUCGGCUAAGUGUGACCCGGCAAUCGAGUCUGAAGCCGAGAAGUUCUGCGCAACAAUCACGCAGCGGGUCUUCCAAUGGUCAACCGCGGCGAUGGUGGCGCGCGCAACCCACACCGAUUACACUGUGAGACGUGCACGUUAUCUCUUCAAUCUGUUCAAGUGCAUGUACGCGAAGCGUAUCGACGGGGCAGGCGGAAUGGAUAUGAGGACCAGAGUCCAAAUAAUCGAAGCCUUGGUCAGAGUUCGGGCUCGCGGCCUAUAUCCGGAAUCUCUGGAUAGAUUCGAAAUAUCGGAGCUUGGAUUCGCACUGUCGCCCUACGACAUGGUGCAUAACAUCAUCGAAGUGAGGAGAAGCAAGCGGUCGCUCCAACUGGCCGCCGUCGGUUUCCCUUUUCAUCGAAACAUGAAUUUGGACGCUCCUAUCGGCUUCAUAUACUACGCCGCGACUGCUGAUGUUUACCUACCGGCUUCACUACUGGAGUUCCCAUACAUGGUUGAAACAUUGCCGCUAUGGAGUACCCUCGGUGCAAUCGGAUGGGCGGCCGCUCACGAGAUCGGCCACGCAAUCUUGAAAACUGUUAAGAAUAUCGCUACCCGUGCGAGAUCACCCCUAGAGCGGAACGAAUCGUAUUAUCACACAGCUUACGCGAAUUCCGAAGAAUGCUUCAAGGAGCUCUACGACGCGCCGUUCCUUAAUGAAAACCAAAACGAGCGGUUUUAUCUCGAAGAGGCGAUAGCCGAUCACCUUUCAUUGCGAGUAUCUCUCGACGCUCUGAAAUGGUUGAAGGAGAGAAAUACGUUCCCUAGGCUUCCCAUGAAAUCAAUUUUCAAUUUCGAGCAAAUGUUCUUCAUUAGUCGAGUUUACCCACAAUGCUGGCUAUCGCCGUUCUUCUCCUGGUCAAGUGCAGAAUCACAUCCUCCCAAUUUCCAUCGAGUGAACCGGGGCCUAUCAAACUUCUCGCCGUUCGCGACUGCCUUCCAAUGUAAAUCGAAGGACGCAAUGAUUGCUCAGACUCCCUGCAACGCUAUGUUCUGA